AUGCUUGCUUUGUUUUUAUUUCUAGCUACUGGCCUUGCCUCUCAGCUGCCGACAUGUUGGGACUCCAACAUCACCGGGCUAAGCAUCGACUGCUCCACUGGAGGCUUCGUGGAGGUCCGGGUUCGAGCCCUCCAUGGCUUGAUCGUCGGGCAGGAUGCGCAGGGCAUCAGCUAUAGCCAGCCUGCUGGGGCGCGGCAGAUUGGUGAGGCAUCAAGCACAGACAUUGGCGAUGACCGCCAGGAUUGGGCCAUUUUAAGUGGUGACUGCCAAUAUGUCAAUUCUCGUCUUCCGACCGUCACGUACAAGAGGUGCAGUGACAACGUCCUCCGCGAUCCCUAUGAGGGCUUUGAUACUGUCCACCUUCAGGCCUGCAACGAGACGGCGCUCGUGCGGGAGUUUCGCCUCGCGAUGGGGCUGGCGCGACUUGAAGCAGACCUGGCAGCAGUUGUGAGGCUCCAGCGGCUCCAACCCACGACGGGCCCUUUCACUGGCGGAACAUCGGUGAAUCUGACGGUGUCCGGCUUGUCGGGAUUGAAUCAGACGCAGGUUUGUGCUGGGAGGGUCGCUGGGGCGCUUCCAAGUCGCCUGGAGCCUCAGGGGUCGCCCAUUUGUGUCUUUGCACCGUAUUUGGUGCUGCUGGAAGCUGCCCUGGGCGAUUCCAUCGAAGCGGACCCCCGUUGGCACCAGCUGCUGGAGGCUGUCGGUUCUUCACUUUGUGCAGAGCUGGCGGGCAACGGUGUCCUUGCCGCUGUGCAUUGGAAGCCGCGGCAAGCCGGUCAGAGCCAUCGCAGGGUAAUGGCGGCCCUGAUCCUCGCGGACCCUGCCGUGUGCCACACACUCCGGCAGCAGCACUGGUCACGUGUCCGACGUUUCCUCCGAGAUCAGGCCUUUGUGCGUUGGAAGGACGGCCUCGAUACGGCGGAUCCCGAAAGGUCGAAGGGACAUUGCAGGCAGCUCUUGGACGCGCUGCAGCUGCGGCGUGUGGAGAGCCCGGGCUUCGCCUUGGAGCUGCCGGUGGAGUGGCUGGAGGGCAUGGCCGAGAAGCCCCACGCGCGGUGCUCGGCGGUGCGGGCGCAGUGCCCUUGGGAACGCUUCUUCCAGCAUUUUGGGCCGCUCUCCUUGCUGGAACGCGUUCUCACCGAGCCUGGCCGUGCGGUGCUCUUGGCCUGUUUCCAGGACCCCGCCGCCGCCGAAGACAUUGCCUCCCCGAUGACUGCAGGCCGAUGUUUGUACUUCCCCUGGCGAGAGACCUGCACGGACUGCUUCCCGGUCCUUUGCGCCUUACGCGACUAUGAUACCUUGAAGGCACAGCUAUAUCGCCAGGAGCAGUUGCAGGACGAGGAGCCCGCUUACCUCCUGCGUCGCCUGGGUGAGCGGCCUCCGAAACCCAGUCCUCCCGAGGCAAUCCUGGUGACCAGCAGCCGUGGCACCUGGCGCUGCGGCCGAGAAGGCGUGGAGAUCUCCUUGCGCGCGGCCCAUGUGUCCAAGGUGCAUGCGGUGCUCGAGCUGUCUCGUCAGGGAACCAGCUGGAGACUCACUGUUCAGGACCUCUCCACCAAUGGCACUUGGGUGAACGGAAAGAAGCUGAGUCCUCAAGAGAAACAGCCCCUAACUCGGAACGAUCAGAUUUGCUUCGUGCCGCCCGCCAACGGCGUUGAGCCCUUGGUUUAUGAGGUCGUGCCGCUGCCCUGA